CUGGGAUCUGGAUGCAUGGGAUGAUGGGAGGGAGUGGGAGUGAAAGGCGGGUGCGUUCCUGGCAAACACGGUGCUCGGGCCACCUCGCUCUCCUUUUCUCCCUCAGCCUUUUCUAUCAGCUACAUAAACCUCUCUUUCUCAUCUUGUUCUCGAUUUAAUUACCACACCCCACCAACGGGACUUUCCUUCCUUGCCAUGCUCCCCACCACCCUCCUCUCCCUCGCCUCCCUCCUCCCCCUCCUCCCACUCCCCGCCCACGCCGCAACCAACUCCCCGACCUCCCAACGCUCCCACCCCCGCCACAACAGACACCGCCAGCUCGCCGCCAAGCGUGAUGACGGCGUCGUCCUCGGCGGCUUCCAGGAGGUUGGCAACUCUGGUAUCAGUGCCCAGAUGCUUUUCUUGGGUACAGAGUCUACCGCCUACAUCCUCGACAAAUCCGAAAACAACUCAAUGACCGUCACCGACGACGGCGGCGUCACCCAUCCCGCUUGGGGUGUGUCUUACGACUUGACAACCGAGACAGCGACUGCCAUGCAAGUCAACUCCAACACUUUCUGCGCAGCUGGCCUAUCACUAGCCACUGGAGAAUGGGCAGUGUUUGGCGGUAACCAGGCAGUCACGUAUGAAGGUGUGGCCUUGGCAGACUCUCCAUCCGGUACUGCCGACCCCUACAAGGAUGCAUCUGGAGGUGCUGCUAUCCGACUGAUCACACCAUGCGACGAUGGAUCAUGCAAGUGGCAAGAGGGCGGAGACGAUCUCACAAUGACGGGCAAUCGCUGGUACCCUUCAGUUGAAAACCUCGGCGAUGGGUCCCUCAUUGUUAUUGGCGGAGAUGGUAACGGAGGUUACGUGUCGACCCAAAAACAAAACAACCCCACCUACGAAUUCUACCCCAAGACCGACAACCAGUCUCACUACAUGGACUUUCUCAACUAUACUGUCCCCGUCAACCUUUUCCCUCUCACAUGGCUCUUGCCCGGUGGUAAACUCUUCAUGCAGGCUGCCUACAAGACCAUCUUGUACGACAUUGACGCCAAGGAGGAGACUCCUCUUCCCGACAUGCCUUAUUCCGUUCGAGUUUACCCCGCCUCCGCCGCCAACGCCAUGCUGCCUUUGACCCCUGCCAACAACUAUUCUGCCACAAUCCUCUUCUGUGGAGGUUCUGCCGCCGAUUUCAACCAAUCCAGCGAUGGUGGUGCCCAGUUCAACGUUACUGCUGUCAAGGCCGAUGACUCUUGUGUCAGGAUCAGCCCCGAGGACGACGACCCUCAGUACGAGGAUGACGACUCUAUGUUUGAGGGCAGGUCCAUGGGACAGUUCGUCUACUUGCCUGACGGUACCAUGUGGAUGGGUAAUGGUGUUGGUAUGGGUACUGCGGGCUACGGUGACGAUGGUUACUCUAUCGGCCAGUCUUAUGGUCAAGAGCCUCUCUACACCCCUGCCAUCUACGACCCCUCUGCCCCCCAGGGUAGCCGAUGGAACCGUGACAACAUUGGAACUUCCAACCAGGAGCGAAUGUACCACUCCUCUGCCAUCCUCCUCCCCGACUCUUCCCUCAUGGUCUCUGGCUCCAAUCCCAACAAGGACGUCACCUUUGACCCUUGGCCCACGUCCUACUCUGUCGAGAGGUGGUACCCCUUCUGGUACAACGAGCAGCGACCCGAGCCCUCCACCUGGCCCACUUCGUUGACCUAUGGCGGCGACUACUUUAACGUCACUUACACUCCCACCAACUCUUCUUCCAAUGCCGACAACACCAAGGUCGUCGUCAUCCGAGGCGGUUUUUCUACCCACGCCAUGAACUUUGGCCAAAGGUUCCUCGAGCUCAACUCUACCUACACUAAGGAUGAGUCUUCGGGAGAGGUCACCAUCCACGCCAGCCAGAUGCCUCCCAACGCCAACAUCUUCCCCCCCGGUCCUGCCAUGAUCUUCCUUGUCGUUGACGGUGUUCCUUCUACCGGCAAGGUGCGUUACUCUCUACUCUAAUCAUACUGCUGCUGACUCUAUUACAGUUCAUCAUGAUCGGCUCCGGUGCCAUCGAGACCCAGCCCAUCUCUGACGUCGCCGUUCUCCCCGCGACCUCUACUAUCACCGCGGCUUCUUCUUCUGCUUCGUCCGACGCCACCGGUACCGCCUCUUCCGACUCUUCAGCCAACACUGCCAUCUCCAACAGCACCAGCAACAACAGCUCUUCAUCCUCAUCUUCCGCCGCGCCAGCUGGUCUGCGCGCCGUUAGCUUUGGAUGGGUGGGUGCGGCUGUGUUUGCUGGCCUGUGCUUGCUACUAUGAGACGGUCAAUUUCUGUUUGACCUUUUUCAAUUUGAUUUCUAGAUGGGACAAUUUUCCUUUUUUUCUUGUUGUGUGCAUUUCGACCCUCUCCACAAAACACGACCAACACGGGUUUCGUGUCUCCCGCCUCUUGUUCAAUCGGACCUACCCAUGGGUACGCUUCGAAACAAAUCUAUACGCUCUUUUUGUCCCCUCUUACACCUUUUACUACUACUCAUUCUAUUACUGCCCGUCCAAUCCUAUCAAUAGCAUCUACCCCGCCCCUCUUCUUCACUACCCACACGUACCACUUCGUACACUUUUGUAAAACUGUAUAUAACGACUGUCGAUGAGGUUAAUUGAUGAUAUGCAUCCCUAGCAUUGUUUUAA